UGACAGACGUUGCUAAUCUUUGGUUUCUUGAUGGUCGUCUGCAUGUCUGCAUGGUCUGCAUCGGCCUGAAACGUUUGUUUCUGUGGUUCAAUGGGAAAGCUGGAAUUGGUACAAAGUCUGUUAGGUCAUGAAGGUCGUGUUUGGGAUGUUUGCUGGCAUCCACAGGGUAACACAUUAGCAUCUUGUGGUGAGGACAAAACCAUUCGCAUCUGGGGGAGGGAAGGUUCUAAAUGGGUCAACAAGACUGUUCUAGCUGAUGGACAUCAGAGAACAAUUCGAGAGAUAGCAUGGUCUCCAUGUGGAAAUUAUUUGGCCUCUGCAAGCUUUGAUGCAACAACUGCAAUCUGGGAUAAGAAAACUGGGCAGUUUGAAUGUAAUGCCACAUUAGAAGGUCAUGAAAAUGAGGUUAAAAGUGUUGCAUGGGCCAAAUCAGGUCAGCUGUUAGCAACUUGUAGCAGAGAUAAAAGUGUGUGGGUGUGGGAGGUUGCAGAUGAUGAUGAGUACGAAUGUGCAGCUGUGUUGAAUGCUCACACGCAGGAUGUAAAGAAGGUGGUAUGGCAUCCACACUUAGAUAUUCUUGCUUCUGCUAGCUAUGAUAAUACUAUAAAGCUCUUUAAAGAAGAUGUAGCAGAUCAUGACUGGAUUUGUACUGCAACAUUAGAUUCUCAUGAGUCUACUGUUUGGAGUGUGGCAUUUGACAGCACUGGAACUCGCCUUGCAAGUUGCAGCGAUGAUCGAACUGUGAAGAUAUGGCAGGAAUAUCGUCCUGGGAAUACGGAAGGAAUUGUGACACCUAGCAAUGAACCUGUUUGGAAAUGUGUGUGUACUCUAUCUGGUUUUCACAGCCGCACUGUGUACGACAUUUCAUGGUGCCAUAACACAGGACUGAUUGCAACUGCUUGUGGUGAUGAUAUCAUUAGAAUUUUUAAGGAAACAGAAGAUUCUGAUCCAAAUGAACCAACGUUUGUUUUGUACCAUACUUGUCAUAAGGCUCAUGCUCAGGAUGUCAAUUCAGUUAUGUGGAAUCCAAGUGUUCCUGGUCUUUUGGCUUCAGCAAGUGAUGAUGCUGAAGUAAAACUGUGGCAGUUCACAGAGUGAAUGUGUUUAGAAAUAUUCAUACGUGUAUGAUGUCCAGAAUAUUGUUGUAUUAUUUGGUUGUGUAGUUCGCAAAAUUCCUUCAAGGAGCAUUAUGCACACUGAUGAUUGACAUAUAUGUAGUUUCAAGAUACCAAUUUUUUGUAGGUAUUGGGCAUAAUUUUAAUUAUGUUUUUGUUCUCCGUCAAUUUUAAGUUCACACAUUUUAUCCAUUCAUGAUUAAUGAUGUGGCAGUUGUUUGAGAAAUACUGUUAUUCUUUCUAAUGGCAGCCUAUGAUAUAAUAGCCAGUUACUUCAGAACUGUAGGUCUUUAUUAAACAUAUAUACAUGUGCUAAUUCUUAGAAUAAUCAAAUAAAUAUGGCCAUUCAUAAG